AGUUUAUUUUGGAUUUGUGGUUUGGCCGUGUGUUCCUUUCUUCAUUUUAUUUUUUUUGGAAGGGAGAAUGAGAUUAACUAAGUGAACAAAAUUGCUCACUUGUCUGGGAGUAGUGUGAACUUUUCUCCUUUUGAGCUUUUAAUUUCAUAAAGACUUAAAAACAUUUUUGAAGGGAGAACCAGAGGGAUUAGAAACCUUGAAGGAUUCAAAAAACAUGACCUGCGGACUAAAUCCAAGCCUUCUCUUGGCACUGCUCUGUUUUCUCCACAGCACUGAGGAGACCUGCCCCUCCAUGUGCCUCUGUAUAUCCGAUGCAGUAAGCUGUAGCUCCAGCGGACUUACCAAGCUACCUCACUCCCUGCCCUCUUUCUCUAUAAGUCUCGACCUCAGCCACAACCAUGUCUCCUGGCUGAGUCCAGGCUGCUUCAACGGGAUGUCCAGGCUGGAAAACCUGCUGAUGGCGCACAAUCAACUCAAAGCCCUGAAUCCUGGAACUUUUCAAAACGUCUCUGGUCUCAGGCACCUUGACCUGUCCUCCAAUAAGUUUCGUGUGGUAGAGCAGCACUACUUUCAGGGGCUUUGGAGGCUGGAGGAGCUCCUUCUCUUCAAUAAUAAGAUUGCACGGGUAGAGGCCGGCGCACUGAGUGGCCUGAGCAGCUUAAAAAAGGUCUAUUUCAGCCUCAACCAAAUCACAGACUUCCCUUUCUUCUCAAUCCAAGAUCACACUCAUCCAUUCCUGAGCAUGUUAGAUCUCUCAUCCAACCGACUGACCCAUCUGCAAUGGGAGGAUGUGAAAGCUUUACCAAGGUUGGUGCAGCGGGGCCUGUAUCUCUACAACAACUCUCUGAUCUGUGACUGCUCCAUGUACAGCGUGUUUUGGCACUGGGACCUGAGGGGCUAUGACUCAGUGAGGGACUUUAAGGAGGAGCAUAUCUGCUUCAUUAACGGAGACCUACGAUCGUCCAUCCAAUUUCUACAACAGAACCGAUUCUUCCUCAACUGCACUGUGGAAAAACCUGUUUUGCAGCCCGUAACAGUUCUCCUUUCCAACGUGUUGGUUUCAGAGGGAGAAAGGAUCCGUCUAGACUGCCAAACAUCCCUGACGAGCACAGAUCUCUCAUUUACGUGGCUCUCCCCAAGCAAGGGGCACAUCACCAAGGCCAGCAUAGAUGACAAUCUAAUUAACCUGCUUCCUAAUGGUACUUUGGAGAUCCGAGCAACCAAGGUCAAUGACUCAGGACUGUAUGUGUGCACAGCUGUGGAUAUUAAACAGGCACUGAAUGCAACUCGGGAGGUGAACGUGACGGUGCUGCUGCCCACGGCAGAGUUAUUCAACACUGGCUACACAACGCUGCUCGGCUGUAUGGUGACUACAACGAUUAUCCUCAUCUACCUUUAUCUGACUCCAUGUCGCUGCAUCUACUGCAAACGGUCAAAGCAGUAUGAGUCAAGCAGUCUAUCUUCUACCCUCUUCCACUCUACAAGAGACCAGACCAAAAGCCAAACUAAUAAACACGUAGCCUUCAUUGACCCGGUGAUGAAUGAAGAAGGAACAGAUUGGUCUCUGGAAAGCUGAAGUUUUUUUUCCACCCCCCCCAGGUGGAAACUGAAAGUCUUAACUGAAAACUCCUCUGUAUCUAGCUAGGACAUGCUAUUUGAGCAAUAAUACUAU